UUCUCGUCUACCUGAAGUGCAGAUGGAAACCCAAAUCACUCAUGUGGCACAAUAAGUACACCCAUGUGGCACAAAACCUGUGGCAUAACAGUUAGUCUGGACAGCCCGUAAUUACACUCCCUGUGAAUCAAAGCUGCGAAGCGACAUGCUGUGUAUAUUUGAAAAAGCGAGGACAAAUAAAAGUAAAACCUACCUAUCACCUUGGAGGGCGAGAGAAUGACAAGAAGACGAGGCGGAUAUUAUUACAACUUAAUGAGGAGCAACAAGAAGAAGUUGGAAGAACACUAAAGAAUACUAGAAGGCUUAGGGUGAAAACUUGUCUCUCUACAUUUUCUUCAAGCUGGAGAAUUAUAGCAGUGCGCCAAGAUUUUUCUUGAUAAAAUCCUGUCAUCUUCGAAUCUCUUAUCUUCAUUCAAAAGUACUCUUCUACAACCAUCAUGGGCGGGUGCACGGGAUCCAAGAUGGCCAACCAGGUUGGCGACACGGAUCAGAAGGGUAUGGUGUGGGGAAAACAGCAUGACUCUACUAGAAAGAAAGGAUGUGAUGAUCGUGCUUGAUGCACUAACGCAUGACAAUUUUGAAUUUCGGAUCAGAGUGAGCCAAGGAAGUGUAGCGGUAAUUAUACCAAUCUGCUGCAGCAGCCGUUGUUGCCUGUGGAAGCAUCGAGUCAGGAAUUCCUUUGUCUGUGGAACUCAAGUAGUUGUGUUUUCCCCUGCCAUACCCUCCGCCAGCAAACAGGAGUUUGAGAAGGUUGUGGAUCCAGAUCUCGAAGAAGAAGAGGAGGAUAACGAUAUCCUGUGCAAAAACGUCCCCAUCCCAUAGUCAAAAUGGGGAAUCUGCUAGACAAAUGCACAAGUUUUGGCUGUUUUGCAUGACAAAUUUGGACUCGUGCCUACUGUAGUGCUGCUUGAGCUAGCUCAGCAGCAUCACAGACCUCGUAUAUCAUGCUGAUCGGAGCAUGACAAAGUCCACAACACAGCUAGAAAAUGCUUCUCGUCGUGGGGCUCCGCGAGCAUGAGAAACCUUUUAAGCAUGCAGAUUCGCAUUACAUACAACUCCGGGCUGGGGACGUUUUUACACAGGAUAAACGACGAUGACGUCAUGUCCGAUUCCGCCUUCAACCACAAAGCCAGCACAAAGAUGCGUAUAGAAGUGCUUUGCUUUUUGAUGUAGCUAGUUUCUGCAUCACAAAUUGAUAUGCGCAGGAGCACAUGACGUUGUGAUGCAGGAACCACCAUGAAUGCUGUAAUUUGUCAUGUGCAAACCACUGCAAGAACAACACUUUCGAAAAAUUUGAUCUAUCAGGUGGUUCCGUGUCGGCGGAGGCCUACGGUGAGUGGAACAAGAAAGAAGCGUUUGAAGUACCAGUCUAUCCCAAAUCGGAGGACCAGGAGAGCCGACUAAAGGAGACCUUGUCAAAAUCCUUUAUGUUCCGAGCACUGGACGCCAAAGAGAUGAAGCAGGUAUUGCUAUAACUCGUUUUUUGUGAUGCAAAGCAGCAAUACAGAUCCCACUUCAGCUGCAUGAUCCGCAUUACAAGUCGAUGUAUAGAUAUAAAUCGUUUUUCCCUCAUCCUUUCUGGCAUGACACAGCAAAUUUGUCAUGCGAAAAACAGUAAAAACCUAUAAUUAGGUUAUUGGCGCUAUGGAGGAGGUGCACGCAAAGGAGGGCGAGCGCAUGAUAUGAAAUGCAAAAGUAUCGUAUCGUACUAAGUAAUCAUGCAUUACAAAUCUUGUCCUUAAGGCAGUUCUGCAUUACAAAUUCUAUUUCUCAUGCUUAGGAAAUUUGUCAUGCAUUUAUACGACUACGAUACUUUUGCAGUUCAUACAUGAUCAACAUAGGCGAUAUCGGCGAGUUUCUGUUCGUUAUGUUUCCGGCACAUCAUAUGGAAGUGUCAGAAUCGAAAUUGUCAAAAUCGCAAAACUUGUGAUGCACAAAAUCGAUGCCAGUUAGACCCACAGUUUGUAGUCGGCGCAUGACAAAUUCUCCUCGUCCUGGAAGCGAAUCUGUCAUGCGGUUUAGGGCAAAAGAGCUGCCUUCUGUCAUGCUAGUCAGCAGCCCAAUACUUAACCCUUACCAGGACUACAAUCCGCCUUCCUUGCAUCCUCUGCAAUAGAGUCGCUCUCUGCGUAGCAUUUUAUGCAUUACAGAUUAUUUCGAUUUUGUCGAUUUCGAUCCUGACACUCCCAUACAUCAAGGGACAUGCUGGUUUUCUCAUGCGUUAUUUUCUGCAUAGCACAUGAAAUUUAAAUUUCAAAAGUCAAAAUUUGUCACGCCGAAGGAAAGUUUGUGAUGCAGAAAAAGCAAAAAUCGCAUGAAGCACAGCAAGAACCGUUCCCACAUCCAUACUUGUGAUCGAAUCUGGGGCACUGGAGUGCCGAAAGGAAAUCAACGGAAAGGACACUUUGCUGAAAACGGUGGAGGAAGGUACAAAACUUCAUGUGAUCAAGAAGAUCUAUCAUGCUGUUCUUGCACGACAAAUUCUGAUGGAAUUACCGCAAUAGAGAUUAAGAUUUUGAAUUUUUUGUCCAACGCGGCUUCCUCAUCUAUCACCUCUCAGGCGACGUUUUCGGUGAGUUGGCGGUUUUGUAUAACACCGUCCGGGCUGCAAACGUGGACGCCAAGACCGACUGCGUGCUCUGGAAGCUGGACCGAAAAUCGUUCAACGCCAUCGUGAAGGAGUCCGCACAGAAAAAGCGGGAGCGCUACGAUAUGACAGUGCACAACUUCCCCUCCUCCUCAUUUGUGUAGCAUGAUGAACGGCAAUACAAGCGCCAGCGAGAAUGCAGGUUUUGCAUGACAGAUUUGCAGAGGAGGUUUGCAGUGCUAUUAACUUGGGCUGCCAGAACUUGUCAUGCAAACAGUGCCAAGAGGCACACCACAGCCUGGAUUUUUGGGCAUCUUGCAUGACAAACGAGAGGGAGGGGGAUUGGUGCACAUUCAUAUACGAGGGGUUCCUCGCCAAAGUGCCGCUGUUGAAGACCGUCGACUCCUACGAGCGAUCGCACAUCUGCGAGGGUUAUCAAAUGCAAAAGUGUCUGGCUCUGGAAGAAUGCACGUUUGUCAUGCUUGUCUGGCAUGACUCUUGAAUCUGUCGUGCACGUUACCCAAGUAGAGCCUCGCUUUUCUGUCAUGCAGAAACGCAGUUUGUCUUUGUCAUGCAGAAUAGGCAACGCGACCUAGCAGCUCAGAAACUUGGCAUGUUGAGCCAGCACUUGUGGUCUCCUCAUGAUAUUACGCCACCCAGCAUGACAAGUUUCCAGACUCAGACAUGUUUGCAAUGCAUAAGGGUCUGGUGGCCGAGGCGUUUAAGGAGGGGGAAGUUAUCAUCCAGGAGGGGGACACCGGGGACAAGUUUUACAUCGUGGAAGACGGGCAGUGCAAAGCCGUGAAGGAGGGGAUGGAAGGUAUAAGUUUUAUUAUUUGCGCGAUAUGCAUGACAAGGAUCAGGAUGUUGGUUGUUCCUCAUGCAGAAUCGCUCGCAUGAGAAAUAAAAUGAACACCCGAUAUAAAAUAAAAUCAGACAAAGCGCUGGACUACCAUGCGGGGGAUUUCUUUGGCGAGCUGACGCUGCUUAAGGACCAGGUGCGGGCUGCAACGGUGACCGCGGUCAAGGACUCCACACUGCUCAUGCUGGAUCGCCGAGCCUUCAAGCGGUUGUUCGGGGGGAGUCAGCAGCUCAGCGAAGCUUUUGCCGAACAGGAGAACAAGUACCUGCAGGCGUCGAGUGCGUAA